GGAUAUCCUUGAUGGUCAGGAUGACGACGGAACUGAAAAUAGUCUUCACGAUGACUUUUUGGAAGACCCUGAGAAUCUUCUUUUAAGGGUAGGUUAAAGGUGCUUUUCUUACCGCUUUUUAUGCCUCUCCUAAGGGAGAAACAGAAAGGCAUAACGAGCGGGGUAAGCGAGCACCAAAAGCCUACCUCUAAUUCUUGCAGGGGAGGGAGCAGACGCAGCUCAUGAGCUGCUCCACGGUUCCUCUACUAGCUUCAAUAUCAAUGACCACGAAGACGAGCAUCACGUUGUUGAGAUAGAAGACGAUCAUACCGAAAUAAACCCUCUAGGCUCUGAACUGGGCAACUCCGACGAAGUGCACGUC